AUGCAGCCGGCCCAGCCUCUUCAGCCAAAUCUGCCGGCACAGAUGGCCGGAAUGCAAAAGGCUGUACCUCCAGGGACCAUGGGUGCCCCUGCCUCUUCACCAAGUACUGCAGGGUCCAAGCAAGCUUGCAAUCCCGGACUGGCCUAUGCAACUGGACGUGGAAUAAGACCACGGGGUAUACGUGCACAGGAUGUCACUGUUUUCCAAGUGCACACUGAGCAGGCUGGUGAGGGCAAUCUUGCGGUUAAUAUGAAGCGACCAGAUGGCCAGCUUGAACCCGUGAAGGUUACCCGCAUUUCAGAUUAUCUUUAUGAGUGCACAUACACCCCACAGCGACCGGGGCAAUAUGUCCUCGAUGUGGAAUUUGGCGAUGGCCACAUUCGCAGCAGUCCCUUCAAGAUCGUCGUUGGGCCAUAUGUUAAAUCCGCAAUCCGCGCCUUUGGCCCGGGUCUGCACGGUGGCAUGGUCAACGUACCGAACGUCUUUACAGUCGUGACAAACGGCUCUACCGGGGCUCUCGGUUUCUUAAUCGAGGGACCCAGCGAUGCAAAGAUCACUUGUGAGGACAAUGGUGACGGUUCUGUCCUCGUCGCCUAUACUGUGUCGCAGCCAGGAGAAUAUGCCGUGCACAUCACUUCCGAUGAUGAAGACAUUCCAGAUUCGCCCUUCAUGGCCAACAUUUCUCCCCAAAUUGGUAUUGAUAUUGAAAAGAUCACGGUCUCAGGAAAGGGCAUCACUCCCAAGCCGGGCAACGUUGUCAAGGGGAUGCCCACUGAGUUCGUCAUCGAUCUCGGUCAGGCUCUACCACAGGCACAAGCAGUUGCUGCCCAGCUGAAGACCUCGGUGCAAGGACUUCUUAAAGUGGAAUGUCACGACUCCUUCGGGGAACCAGUCCCGGUAGAGGUUGUGCAGACCACAGAGGGCCGAUUUACUUGCAAGUAUACCGCAAACAAGGUGGGAAUAGUCACCGUGGACAUGGCCAUUGCUGGUGUUGGACUCCGCGAAAGUGGAACUCGAGUUCCCGUGGAUUCAGAUGUGGCUCUAAAGAACGUCAAGCUCUUCGGCCCCGGUUUGGAGACGGCCAAGAUGAAUCAAAUGACCCACUUCACGGUGGAUCUGCGUGACACUUUCCCCACUCAGGAGGCUAGAGCAGAAGUUAUGAGGGAAGUUCUGGUGCAGAUAACUGGAGAGAAGGGAGAAAUCAUUACGCCCCGACUGAUGGACAACGGUGAUGGCACUUGGCGCGUGGAGUACGUUGCCCCUGAAGCAACCUCUGCUAUCUGCGUGUCAGUCCUCCUAGCCGGCCAGCAGGUGGGCCAGAGCCCCUACUGUGUGCCGGUCACCCCAGGAUUCGAUACCUCAAAGAUCAAAGUUGAUGGCCUUGAUUCGCGUGCUCCGAGUAAUGCGCAGGCGAACGUAGUUGUAAAGCCAGUAGGCAGUACCGCACGAGUCCCCACAAAAGUCACCCCCAUACCAGAAGGCUUUGAAGUCACGUAUACCCCACCAUCACCUGGACAGUAUGCCGUAUCUGCAGACAUUGCCAAACAUCCCGUUGCUGGUCCGUACGUCGUGGAAGUUGUGCCUGCCAGUCAGCCAGUGCCUCCCAAAGGUGCCAAAUCGGCAAUGAAGUUUCAACCGAAACCUACACCGGGCGCGCCGGCAAAUCCCCUCUUG